GUUUAUUAAAUGGGUGUUGGUUCGUUUUGGAGUUUAGCGUUCUGAGAGAAAAUAAUUUUAGGAAGAAAGAAAAUUUCCAUUUCAUCAGUUUAGUCCCACUCUCUGUCUCCGUCUCUCUGUCUGUCUCUCUCUCUCUCUCUCUGUUCUUUUGUGUGGAUGUAUCGGUUGGUUUGUACUGAAGAUUAGCAGCCCUCCUGCAACGCUCUGAUCGGCGAUUAAUUCUCGACUCGUCUCUCUCUCUCUCUCUCUCUCUCUCUCCCCUUCUCUUCUCCUUCCUCUGGGUUCGAAAUUAUAAGGCUCUCUCAGCAGUGACAGCACAACCUUGUCCCGAAUCAAAUCAUAGAGCAUGUGUGUGUGUGUGUGAGAGAGAGAGAGAGGGAGAGACGAUAAAGUCGCAAUCUUUGCUUUUAAUUUUCUCAUAAUUUCUGAUUCUGAUCUUCUGGGCACUGUAUAUCUAGCCUUUCGGGAGCUAAGAGUUGCCAUUUUCGAUGGAACUGUGAAGGAGCUGCGCAGCUUGAGCCCUUUGCUUAGGAGAUGCAGAGGCAGACCCAACUGUGUCGGGAAGAACAGUACGCUUCCAAGUAGUUUCCUUUGAUCCACCGAUGCUUCAUUGCUGUUGGAGAAGAAGGAGUCACUGUUAGCUACAGACGGAGUGUCCUGCCGCUCCAAUUUCGACUGCUAAUCGGAAAUUCGUUGUUUAUCGGGAAAAAGUAUAGACCAUAAAUUGAGGUGGGAACUGUGGGAGAAGGAAAUGAAGGAAACGGAGAAGAGCACAUUAGAUCCUCAGCUAUGGCAUGCUUGUGCAGGAAGCAUGGUACAGAUGCCUCCCGUGAAUUCCACGGUUUUCUACUUCCCUCAGGGCCAUGCCGAGCAUGCCAGCUCGCCGGUCGAUUUCUCGAGCUCCCCCAAGAUUGCCCCCCUUAUACUCUGCACGGUGUCAUCGGUGAAGUUCCUCGCGGAUCCUGAGACUGAUGAGGUCUAUGCCAAGAUCAGGUUGGUCCCACUGCCGAGCUCUGGUCUUGAUUUCAACAGCGGUGAUGAGGUUUUCUCGAAUUCAGGGGAGAAGGAGAAGCCCGCCUCGUUUGCAAAGACUUUGACCCAAUCGGAUGCGAACAAUGGCGGGGGGUUCUCCGUGCCUCGUUACUGUGCAGAGACAAUCUUCCCACGGCUCGAUUACUCUGCAGAUCCUCCCGUGCAGACGGUGAUCGCUAGGGAUGUCCAUGGGGAGAUGUGGAAGUUUCGGCAUAUCUACCGCGGUACUCCCAGAAGGCACCUCUUGACCACGGGUUGGAGCUCAUUUGUGAACCAGAAGAAGCUUGUGGCAGGGGAUUCGAUCGUGUUCCUCCGGGAUGAGAAUGGAGAACUCUGUGUGGGGAUUCGGAGGACCAAACGUGGCCUUGGAGCGCCACCUGACUCCCCAGCGAGCUGGACCUACAGUGGAUUCUCGGUGAUGCUGAGGAAGGGAGGAGACUCCAAGUUGGCGAGGAACAACGGCGCGGGGAAGAGUACGGGCCCGGAGGGUUUCGGAAGAGGGAAAGUGAGCCCAGAGAGCGUGAUCGAGGCAGUAUCUCUUGCGGCAAGGGGGCAGCCCUUUGAGGUUGUCUUCUACCCAAGAGCAAGCACUCCAGAGUUCUGCAUGAAGGCUUCUUCGGUAAGGGCUGCAACGAGGGUGCAAUGGUGCUCGGGAAUGCGGUUCAAGAUGGCUUUUGAAACAGAGGAUUCCUCAAGGAUUAGUUGGUUCUUGGGAACAAUUUCCUCGGUCCAGGUUAUUGACCCGACUCGUUGGCCCAAUUCCCCAUGGCGGCUUCUUCAGGUUACUUGGGAUGAGCCCGACCUGCUACAGAACGUCACACGCGUCAGCCCUUGGCUAGUCGAACUGGUCUCCAGCAUCCCAAUCAUCCACAUGUCUCCCUUCUCGCCUCCUUCGAAGAAGUAUCGGCUUCCCCAGCACCACGCCAGCUUCCCCAGCCUUGACGGGCACCUUCUGGUCCCGCCAUUCUCUGGCAAUCUCCUUGGUGGGCACACGAGCACCUCGUGUCUCCUUCCUGACAAUUUCGCUCCUGCAAGCAUACAGGGAGCCAGGCAUAAUCACUUCCCUUCCAUCUUCACUGAUCUCAAUCUCAGCACAAAGCUUCCCUUGGGUCCGUUUGGAUUGUUCCCACCAAUCGAUCCGCAUAAGGUCACGGUUCCCGUCUCCACAGAAAAAGGUCGGGACAGUGAGAGUUUAUCUUGCUCGCUCAAAAUCGGUUAUCCCAGUCAAAAUAAUUCAGAGAAGCCCGCCAGUGAGAAGAAACGCAAGUUCUUGCUCUUCGGGCAGACCAUACUCACCGAGCAGCAGAUCAUCUCCCAGAGCACCCUGAGCGACACAACCUCCGACAGGGCCAAGGCCCUUCUUGGCCCAAAGCGCUCAUCCAAUGCAAACUUGGGCUUCUCACUGGCACGCGAUAUUAGGGAUCUCGGUCUUGGGCUCAACACGGGCCACUGCAAGGUGUUCUUGGAGUCCGAGGACGUCGGGAGAACCCUUGAUCUCUCAGCCGUAGUUUCAUAUGAAGAGCUCUACCAUAGGCUAGUCGCUAUGUUUGGGAUAGAAAGAUCGGAUUUGCAGGGUCACGUGCUCUACGAAGAUGCCAUGGGUGUUGUAAGAAAAGCCGGGAACGAACCCUUCAGUGACUUUAUCAGAACGGCAAAAAGACUUACUAUCCUGAUGGACUCAGGCAGUAAAAGUAUCGGAAGGGCUCUCAUUUCUAGGAGUGGGUUCGAAUCUUCGACCAAGAGUGGUCCUUUGAGCACGUAUGCAUAGCGUAAUAGCUGGUGAUGCCGGUGGUAAUUGUAUGAUUUUAAGUUUUCUAAGAUUUCAUCUAGCAGUUGCGUAAGGCUAAUGGUGGGAUAAACAGGUUUGAGAAACUCGUAUAAUAAAAAGUGGUAGUGGCAGUUCUGUAUGUUUUGAUGAUGUUUUGUCGGAGUGGAACAUGGAUGUUUCAAUUGGAUUUUCUGUGCUGUUACUUUC